AUGUCGAAAGGACCCAUCCAUCGUGACAAAUCCGUCUUCGCCGACGAGCGGCACUGCCAGCCCGUGCUCUCCUCAGCCGCGGAGCUCAGGUAUGGUGCUGACAGUGACGGCAGCCUGAAGUACAGGAUAUCAUUCAUAAAUGGCGACUGGAGCCAGGACGCCGGCCAAGCUCCCCUGCUUCCGUCACAUGGAAGCUCUGCCGACGCCGCUGCGGCUGGUCCUGAGUUGCCUGAAGCGGUUCCCCUCGCGUCCUUCAUGCUCUUGGAGAUGAGCGACAUGGUGCCACGGCGAGGGGCCCGGACCGCCCUCAACGCCAGCGGGGUCCUUAGCCUCACCAUCACCCGCAACAACGGCUCAUCGCACAUGGAACUACAAGCGUCGCCGGAGUUCCAGCUUUUGCCAGGGGUCGCCAGGCUCCUCAUACAUUUCCAAGGUGUGUAUACCGAGACGAAGUCGUCGGGGAGCGGUGACGACGGCAGCGGCGGCGGCGAGAGGGUGCUCUGCAUGGUCGGAGACACUGUCCUCCCCGUCUGCGACAGCAACUGCACGGACCUGUGGGAGUGGACCAAGAACCGUGGCAGCGGCAACAUCCUGCUCGUGCUACGGUACCCGAAGGCGGCCACGCUGACAACUCGCGCCGUGCGCGGCGAGAUGAGGAGCACGAGCGCCAAGUCCGAUGCUGCCUACUUCGACACCGUCCGCUUGGUGUCGCAGCUCGCCUUAGGGUACGGCUCCGAUUACCGAUUCCAGCCAGAAGAUGCGGAGCUCGAUACCGUCGCUGUCGCUGGGUGCAGCGACGACCCGCUCUUCCAUGACGGCGACGCCAUGGACAUGGAGAGCCUGAACAGCGGCGCCUCUCUCUGCGACGUCAUCUACCAAUCCGGUCCCGACCGCCUGAACCUGGUGAUGGAAGUGAUUCCAAACCGGGACUGCAAGGGGACCGACGCGUUCUGCAGCCGUGUCGGGCCGUUCGAGACCACCGGCCGCCCCGGCACGAGCGCUACGGAGGACACGGCGUUCACCCGUUCCGCCACCGUCGCGAUGCAGGGCCUCAAGUGCGAGUGGACGUCCAGCGUUGGCGGCACGGCGGCGGCGGCGAGGGUGGCGGCCGUGUUCCGCUACGUGCCGCCAUGGGAGCACCAGCCCACGGCGGCGUGGCGUACCGGCCUGAGCGGCGCGACCCUGUCGAGCGAGGGAGUGUGGAACGCGUCCACGGGGCGGGCUUGCAUGGUGGGCUGCCUCGGCGUCGGCGAGGAAGCGUGCCGCUACCGCGUGACCCUGUCCGUCCGGACGGCGUUCUCCAUGACUCGCCGCGGCUUCCUCGUCGGACGGAUGACCGCCAUGGACGGGAGCCACGCGCCGCUGUCGUUCCAACAGCGCGUGGACCCCCGGUUUGGUCGCUACGGGGCGUCGCCGGCGUCGCUCCGCAUGUCGUACAGCUACACCAUAGUCGAGCAGGCUCGGGAGCUCCUCCUUCGGCGCAGCGUACCGUCUGGAUUUCGUGACAGCUUCGUUGCCAAGUCGCUGCUCAGCUAUCCGAACAUCGCCGGCGAUGUCGAUGACAUGGUGAGCCUCUCCAACCUCGCCGACAACCUUGGUCUCCGAUUUCAGUGCGUGGGGAAGCUGCCGUUUGUGCCGGAAUGGAUCGAGGAGCCCUGCUUCGAACUAGAGAUACUCUCUGUCGGCACCCUCGUCGGAAGCUACUCUCCCCAAUUUCAGGGUAGCAGGUCUAGUACGUGGAUCGAACUACUUCGUAGAGUCCGUGCCGUGGAAAAUCAGCAGAUACUGAACGUGUCCGCGGGGUUCACGGCAUCCAGGAACUUACUCAGUCCGAUUCCGGUGAUGUCGGUGGAGGGCGUGUACAACCCCGUGGAUGGGCGAAUGUACCUGAUCGGCUGCCGGAACGUCCACGCGCCAUGGCGAGUCUUGUCGGAGAGAAGAGACGACCUUGAAGACGGGAUGGACUGCUCCAUAGAGGUGACGGUGGAGUACCCGCCGACAACGACGCGGUGGCUGCCUAUCGGCCAGACGGCGAAGGUCUCCGUCGCCAGCACGAGGGAGGAAGACGACCCGCUGCACUUCGCCAGGUCCGAGCUCCGCACGGUGCCCGUCGUGUACCGUGACCAGCCGUGGGACGAGCUGGUGAAGCCGGUUUUGGAGGGGAUUCUCUGCAUCACCGUGCUGUCGGUUGCUCGAAUUGUUUUUGUGCCUGUUGCGUUUUUUCAGCUGUUCGGAUAG